UUCGUUACUAACAUCGUCGUUAUGAGUAAACAAAUGGCGGACAGACAUUAAAAAUUGGCUUUUACAUUUGAUUAAUUUAUUUUACAAGUUACUGAUACUCGUUUCUAUGACCAAUACUGCAGUUAACUUACAAUGCUAGUUUUGAAAAUAGUGUCGUUUUAUUUGAUAGCACAGAUCUCUGCUCAAGAUUCAGCAGAGACUGUUGUAGCAAAUGCAGCCUUUGAAGAUAUCGCUCCUUGUCCAUGUGAUCUUUCGCAGGGCUCCUGUGAUGUCAGCUGUUGCUGUGAUAAUGAUUGCUCAGCCAAUGAGAAGCAGACAUUUGUAUCUUGCAUACCAUACCUGGCAGGGGGCCAGGAGCCUCAAACCCAGCAAUACCGCUGCUCCUCAACCCACCACCAGAAGGAGGACUGGUUCCCGUUCCUCUGUGUAGAGUUUGAGUACAACGCCUUCCUUGGCUACUUCUACGAGUGGCAGUACAAGCUUGGCAACAAUACGCAGGCCUUCCUUGACAGGCUGUCAACUGUCUUCUACUUCUCAUAUAGAGAACAAGACGCUCGAGCCAUAGUUGACCCAAACACCACUGUGUACAAGUUUGGUGCUAGCGUGAAGACGAGACGUCAGAGUGCAAGUCGUAUUGGCACCCUCAGCCUUCCCCAACAGGUACUGACCGGCCAGUGUCUGGACACAGCCCCUGUAAGAUACCUAAAAAACCUCGACCAUUCCUGCACUGUGAGAAUGUCAGUGGAUUUGUGCAGUGCUACGUCUGUGCUCAGUCAACUGUAUUAUGUGCAGUCUAGCACAUUCACAUCGUUUUUCAGUGUCGUUGAAGAUUAUAGCGGAAUUACAGUUGCACAGACCAACGUUGUGUACAAGUGUGUCACUAAUGAGAAUGACCUGAAUAGGUACCUCAUGUCUAUGACGCCGCUGACUGUGGAUUCUUCACAGCCGUCUAAUCUUCAGAUUGACCCUGCAUGUGUUGGGGAUUGCGGGGAAGAUCUAUGUGUUAACCUGACUAGGUCUGACCCUGUUGUACCACAGACUGUUAUAGGGAACUGUGCCUCACAAAGUCCCCAGGCUCCUACUGUUAAUGCAGGAGUCUGCGCUAAUGCAGUCAUUGAUGUCCAGUAUAAUGCCUAUUGGAUUGGAAAUAAGAUUGCAAAAUUUGAUGCUGUGAUAAUUGUUGCUAAUAUUUCCAUAAACAACAUCCUUGGUUCACCAAAUGUUUUGACACAAAAUUUUAAAGUAGAUUUCAUUCACAAUAGUACAAACGCUACUGGGGAGGUCUCUGAUAACUUUUACAACAUAACGGAUGCCUCUUACACACGUUCUGGUAAGGUGGGAUAUGAGAAAGGGAGAGGAUUAUACAGCGGUUCGGCUGUGUACAACACCAGCACAAGUCCUCGGCAGUUCCUGUUUGUAAACUCAAAUGGUUCAAGACAGAUGGCAGUGUAUGGACCAGGUCCGGAUGGCCUCUGUGAAAAUGCAGGUCGCCGGAACAUCAAGUUUGGUGAGGACAUCACCACAGCUUGUAAACUUCAGCUGUCCAUUGCUAACAUGUCAGACUGCACAGUUCUCAGGAGGCAGAUGAUCUACUAUCUGAACUCCCUGAUGCCAUCUGAUGUCCUGGGGAGACGGGGCUACAAUGACAUCUAUAACCAGGCUUACUGGAUACCAGUGCUGAGGGAAGACCUGAAUGAGUCGUGUACCCUGGCCAGUUACUUCCCCAAGGGUGACAGCCCAGUGGAUAACAGGACGGGUAUUUGUUUCAACAUCACCAGUGGCAUUCAUCUGGAAGUGUUCUAUGGGGAGACGGGCCGCUCAAAUGGAUUUCCCAUCUAUGAGGUGCUUGGAAGCAAAGUCAGCUACACCAACACCACAUGGUCCGUGAAGUGUUCUGGACCAGCAGGUGGGGUAUGUCGCCCUAAUUCCACCAUGACUCAACAAUUUCAGCUCACCAGCUCUGUCCGGUUUACACAGAUCCCUCCACAGACACCAACGCCUGUGUCCAAAUACUACGAGACUCCAAGAGAAGACGACCACCAACUGUGCAUAUGGGGCGUUUGCUGGGACGACCUCAUUCACCCGUUCUCUCGUAGAUACACAGCCGACAGUCGUGAAUAUGUGUUUGGAAUGAUCUCUGCUUCAAUAAUUUUUUUCAUUGGUUAUGGACUGGUAGCUAGACCCUUCUGGUGAGAUAUUGCACAAUAAUUUACCUAGAAGCUCAUGCAAAAUUGUAUUCUAAACUAAAACGAUAGAUUUGAAUUCCUGUGUGGCCCAAAGUAUUUACGAUGUAUACGUUUGACAUAUCUAUUGUAUGGUUGUUUACAAACAAAAUGGCAGCAAACAUGUAUACGCAAAUCGGAUAGAACCACUGUGACAUCAUGAGAUGAUGUUUGGAAUGUUUACCAUAUGAAAUGUAAUCGCUGAUGUUGAUUACCGGUAAAUGAUAGGUUGUUGUUAUUUGGACAAUAUGACAUGCUGUGUGAAGUUAAAAACAAUGAACAGUUGUGUGGUAUGGUGACAAAGUGAUGCAGUGAAACUCGAAGUGAAUAAACUUGGAAGGGCGUUGACAACAGAAGCCAAAUGAUAUAUAUUUGAUGAAGACUAUCUGUCCAUUGGGAACACGUGAAAGUGACUCAAUCAGCCUUACUCAGCAAACCAAAAGAAUUUAGUUUUGCUUGAUAAGUAUUGUUAUUAAUGUAACUAUGCAUUUAGCAUGGAAGAAUACUUUUAAUAGUAAGUGUUGAAAACAUUUUUACUAUAUAAAUGUUUGCAACAAAAGUAGUGAACUUUUGUGUCCAUAAUUGCUUUUUUUUUCAAUUAAAAUGCAUGUUUUGAAGUAGGUAUGUUUCUAAUAAAAUUUUGCAUAACUAUACACAAAUUGUGAUAUUUUAGAAAAAGUGUCAGUUCAUUACUUUGAAAUGAGUAUUGUAAUUUGGAUGCUUGGAAGUGCAUAGGUUUUUUAUUUAUAGUAUAUAUGUAUAUGUGUUUGCUGAAGUCUAGUUGUAUUAGUAGAAUUAUGUAUUCUUAUUUUAAAUAUCAAAAUGUGUGUUCUGUAUGUGUCUUUAUUUCAAGCCAGAACAUAAUAAUGUCAAAUGUGUAAUUGACUCAGCCUUAAAUCCAGGACUCUUAUUGUUGAAAACUACAAGGUUUAGCUUUCUGGUCUCUGAUUUUGUAACUUUUGCAUGUUUUUUGUAUAUUUUUUUACUGUAUUGAGAGAUAUUAAAAUGAACAUCACUA